AUGGAUCUGCGCUGGACAAGGAAGGGCUUGGUGCACGAGGACGGCGAAGCCGCAGAGCCCGCCGACGAGCCCGACGAGCCCGUCGGCGAGGACGCGGACGCGGAGCUUCCGGAGACGUGCGGGGAAAGUGCGGAGGAGGUGCUGAGCAUUGUCCGGAGCUGCAGUGUGGCUGCCAGGCUUUGGCUGCAGAGGGCUCGGCAGGCGCUGUUGGGGAAGGAGAGGAUGAGCAAGCCGUCGCCCUCCCUGGUGCAUGGCGCUCUGAUUUUGGCGCAGGUGAUGUUCGGAGGCGGCGCGGUGGUGGGGAAGCUGGGGGUGGCCCGGUUCAACCCGCUGCUCUUCGCGCUGAUCCGCGAGGCUGUGGCGGGACCCCUGCUGCUGCUUUUGGCCCUGGCCUGCGACGGCUGGCUGAUGCCGCGGCGGGAGGAUUUGCGCCUGCUUUUGGCAAUGGGCGCCUGCGUGUUCUCCAAUCAGGCCUUCUUCAUCGUGGGCACCAAGCUGGCGGGGCCCAUUGUGGCCAGCGCCUGGCAGUGCUCGCAGCCCAUCUUCACGCUGCUCAUCAGCCUGUCCCUGGGUUGGGAGGUGGCCACCGCGAGAAAGACCUGGGGCAUCUUGGCCUCCUUCGCCGGGGGGGCCUUCUUGGUGUGCUACGGCCAGCCUGUCUCCAGCCCCGCAUCCUCUGGCAACCUGCUGCUGGCGCUGAACUGCCUCGGGACCUCGCUCUAUGUGAUCUUUGGAAAGUUCGCGCUGCAGCGGUACCCCUCCCUGAGCACCACGGCGUGGUCCUACUUAUUUGCCACUGCAAUGAUGACAGCCACGGCCUUGUGCCUGAAUAGCAACUGCGCCUUUAUUCACUUCCUUUGCCCGGAGAGUGGGCACGAUGACCUGGCUUGUGGAAGCUACAGGACCUCUUGCUCACCUUGGUCUGUGCCACAGAGUGCCGUGCUUCCCUUGGUGUACUGGGUGCUUUUCAAUAGUAUGGGCGCCUACUUGCUGAUCACUUGGGCCAACCAGCAUGCUCGAGCGGGCUUUGUUUUGGCGUACACGGCCCUCCAGCCCCUCACGAGCACUACGCUCAGCGUGCUGUUGAUCUGGACCUUCGGACCCAGCGACCUGAAGCUGCCGGGCUGGAAUGCGCUGGGAGGCAUCGGGAUCCUUGCGGGGCUUGUCCUGGUGAUCGCCGACGGCAAGCACCAGCACGAGGAGGACGAGAUGCUGGAAGCGGCCAACCCGGAUCCUGCGGAGACCGAGACCAUUGGCCACUCCAACGGCUCGUGCAGGGUGCUGUGGAAGCCGCGGCCUGCAAGUUGGGAGCAUUUGCGCCUCCUUUGUGCCAUGAGCCUGUUCGGAGUGGUAGCGCUGCACCCGGACCAGGCGGCGGAGCCGGCGAUCCGCUUGGCGCUGCUGCUGAAGAAGCCCUUCGCGGUGGUGCCCUGCUGCACCUACGCUGCAGACUUUCCAAAGCGGAAGCUGCCGCGCACCGGACAGCCGGUGAGGACCUAUGGGGAGCUCCUGGAGUACUUGCAGCAGCUGGACCCUCGGAUCCAGCGUGCCGAGCUGGACUUCGAGGGCAAAAGCACUCUCCUCUACAUGAUUCCGGGGCCAUGA